AUGCGGAAGGAGAGGUUGCCACCACUCCUGAGACAACUCCAAAAUCUGUCGCUGCUCAGACAUUUCUCAGAACGAGAAUCAAAUUUGAUUCUCUUCUUUUUGGGAACUUUGUGUUACAAAUUUUCGUUUGAAACCUUGUCAGGUGCCAUUGGUCUGACCAUUCUCACAAGAUUAGAGAGACAUCCUUUGGGAGCAACGACAAUUUUGAGUUUAUUAGCCAUUACUUUUGGAAUAUCUCAAUCCAUCUCUUCAACGUUUGUGGAGGGAUUUUUGAAAAAAGUUCGAGCCACUCGAUUGUACAGUAUGGCUCUUUUGUUCUUUUCUCUAUUAAUCUUAAUCAUAAUUAUUUUGGAAGCAUCCACAGGCGGUACUAUAACAGUAGCAGGAUAUUGGACGCCAUGGAUUACCUUCCCAAUUUUUGUUUUUAUCGGAUUUAACGUUGGAGUCAUUGAAGUUGUUCGAAAGAUUGUUCCAGCAACCAUUCUCGGGAACUCCAAAUCUGUCACCCUUAAAAGAUUGAAUGCAAGUAUUCACAUUAUUUACGAGUGUGCUGGUACUGCGGGUGCUUUUCUUUCAAGUGUGUUCAUUGAAAAACUUGGAUCUGUCUAUGCACUUUGUCACAUGCCUCUAUUUUUCACAAUUUGUACAGUGUUCCUCUUUUUCAUUAGCACGAAAGGUCAACAAAAAACAGAGGAUCAACCAAAAACAUUCAACCCUUCUGUUUCAGCAAUGGAUGUACCAAGCCUCACCCCUCAACGCCCAAAAUGGUCUCAAAGAGCCAAGUCCUUUUCGAUUCGUGUUGGAGUUGCUGUAAAGAAUUAUUUCAAGAGCAUGUUCAUUGGCGCAAAGAUUGUUCUCACCAGUCGAUAUUACAUUUGGCUUAUUCCAUGUUUUGUUUUGCCUCAAACCCUUCACAAAUUGAUCGACAACAUUUUCCUUCCAGCUUUUGCAAAAAUGAUUUUGAAAAGGGGAAGUUAUUCAGGAAUCAUGUUGGGUGGUUCAAAUUUUGGAGAAUUAUUGGGAGCUGGAUUGUUGUUCUUACUGGCCAAGAAGGUCAAGAAACCAACCAUUUGGAUAUUGAUGGAUGCUUUGUUUUUGAACUUGAUGUGGAUUUUCCCAUUCCUUUCUUUUGAUGCAAAGACAGGCAACAAUUUGAUAUUUGCCAUUUGUAUUGUACCAGCGAUGAUGUUGAUCUCUGGCUCUUUUGCAGCUAGUGAUUGCGCUCAAAUUGCUUACAUUCAGUCCACUGUACCCCACAAAGUGAAUGAACAGACAGGUGUGAAUGAAUUGGCAUCAGUGAUGAGUUUCUUGUAUUCAUGUUACAUCAUGAUCACAACCUUUGUUGUUUUUGGAUUAUCUCAAGGAAUUGACAGAUUCAAUGAUGACAAGAGACCUGAAUUUGGUUUCAUGACCAUAUGCCUAGUCUUGACUAUAUUAUCUGUGGUAAUUUCUACUAGUUAUUUACUCGUUGCUAAAGUUAAAACUUCCAACGAAGAAGAAGAGCAACAACAGAAACAAGAAGAAGAGAAGGAACUUUCUAAAAAUCCAAUUAAGGAAGAUUCCAGUCGAGCGGAUUCUGCCGAAGAACAUGAUCCAAAAGAUUCAGUUACUCUCUACCAUGUUUAA